AACAAUCUCCCAAAAAUCCCUAUUUUCUCACUUCUUUUUGUCGUAUCUGAAUAGUUGGUAGCAUUAGAUAUCUCUUCGUCUUAUUACUUCACAACUAAACGUGCCUCCACCACACUCCACCUCGCCGCAAUCCGCAAAGUUUCAAACUUCACUUCAACCCUCCUCCCCCUUUCUUAAACCCUUCCGACCAUUCUCCUCCACGCGCCGCAAUGCACGCCACAAUCCUCUCACCACGCGCCACUCUCUUCCCUUCACACAAUGUCCACGAACCUCGCCGCCGCCGUUCAACCAUCUACUGCUCCGUCCAACCCGUAACCGCCGACCCCUCUCCUCCUCCCCUCACAGACUCCAAGAAGCUCAACAAGUACAGCUCGAGAAUCACGGAGCCCAAGUCCCAAGGCGGGUCACAAGCCAUCCUCCACGGCGUGGGCCUAUCCGACGACGAUCUGCUGAAACCCCAGAUCGGGAUAUCGUCGGUUUGGUACGAAGGGAACACGUGCAAUAUGCAUCUGCUGAAGCUGUCGGAGGCGGUGAAGGAGGGAGUGGAGGGAGCUGGGAUGGUUGGGUUUAGGUUCAAUACGAUCGGGGUGAGUGAUGCGAUCUCGAUGGGGACGAGGGGGAUGUGUUUCAGUUUGCAGUCUAGAGAUUUGAUUGCUGAUAGUAUUGAGACUGUGAUGAGUGCUCAGUGGUAUGAUGGCAACAUCUCUAUCCCUGGUUGUGAUAAAAAUAUGCCUGGAACAAUUAUGGCCAUGGGAAGGCUUAACAGACCUGGGAUUAUGGUUUAUGGUGGAACCAUCAAGCCUGGACACUUUCAAGAAAAGACAUAUGACAUAGUAUCUGCUUUCCAGAGUUAUGGAGAAUUUGUUGGUGGCUCUAUAAGUGAUGAACAGAGAAAGACUGUCCUUCAUAAUGCUUGUCCUGGAGCUGGAGCUUGUGGUGGCAUGUACACAGCUAAUACCAUGGCUUCUGCAAUUGAAGCUAUGGGAAUGUCUCUUCCUUACAGCUCUUCGAUACCUGCUGAAGACCCGUUGAAACUGGACGAGUGCCGGUUAGCUGGAAAGUACCUUGUAGAAUUGCUAAAGAUGGACUUGAAGCCCCGUGACAUUAUCACUCCAAAAUCACUUCGUAAUGCGAUGGUUACUGUCAUGGCUCUUGGGGGAUCCACCAACGCUGUAUUGCAUCUUAUUGCUAUUGCCAGGUCUGUGGGUUUGGAGUUGACCCUUGACGAUUUCCAGAAGGUCAGCGAUGCGGUUCCGUUUCUAGCAGACCUUAAACCAAGUGGGAAAUAUGUUAUGGAAGAUAUACAUAAGAUUGGUGGCACACCAGCUGUUCUUCGUUAUCUAUUAGAAGCUGGUUUUAUGGAUGGGGAUUGUAUCACAGUCACAGGGCAGACUUUGGCUCAAAAUUUAGAAAACGUCCCUCGCUUACCAGAAAAUCAGGUUAUAAUUAGACCUGUGUCAAACCCAAUCAAAGAGACUGGACACAUCCAAAUCUUGAGAGGGGACCUUGCACCAGACGGUUCUGUAGCAAAGAUAACUGGCAAAGAAGGGUUAUAUUUCUCUGGCCCCGCACUUGUAUUUGAAGGAGAGGAAUCUAUGCUGGCUGCUAUAUCAGCAGACCCGAUGAGCUUUAAAGGAACAGUAGUUGUUAUCAGAGGAGAGGGUCCUAAAGGAGGUCCAGGCAUGCCUGAGAUGUUGACACCAACUAGUGCGAUAAUGGGUGCCGGUCUUGGAAAGGAAUGUGCAUUGCUGACUGAUGGUAGGUUCUCUGGUGGCUCACACGGUUUUGUUGUUGGCCACAUUUGCCCUGAAGCUCAGGAGGGUGGUCCAAUAGGUCUGGUAAAGAACGGAGACAUAAUCACAAUUGACAUAGGAAAGAAGAGAAUAGACACACAAGUCUCACCCGAAGAAAUGAAUGAGCGUAGAAAGAAAUGGACUGCUCCUGCAUACAAGGUUAACCGCGGAGUUCUAUACAAGUACAUCAAGAACGUGCAAUCGGCUUCAGCUGGAUGCGUGACUGAUGAGUAAGCGAGAAAGUAGUGUUUUGUUCUCGAGGGGAAAAACUCUUAAGGCUUGCUAUUGCAUUCUUUAGUAUCAUUGUUAGCUUUUGGAUUUAUCUCAAGACUUAUCAUCAUUAGCUGUUUAGAGAGUUUUUUAUUCUGUAAGUUUUGAUUGCGGUGUUGCAAAUAAAAGCAGAUUUGCUGAGACGAAACAGACCAAAUUUCUAGUACCGGUUCGAUCUGUAUCAAACCGAAUGACUUAUUAAUUUCGGUUAUGAAUAAUUGAUCAAAGUUAUAACCAAUUUGAGUAUGGGUGGUAU